GGAGGUUACUCAUCCUGGGCUAGGUAAGAGCGCCCGGACCCGGGAGGUGGCACACCCAGGGGGGACACCGAGGGAGCAGGACGGAGCCAUGGACUCCGCCAGCAUCUGGACCACCAGCUGGCAACUGUUGUUGCUGUUCCUGCUUCUCGGAGAAGGAGCCCAGGCCCUCGAGUGCUACAGCUGUGCGCAGAAAGCGGACAAUGGCUGCUCCCCACAGAAAAUGAAGGUGGUCAAGUGUGCGCCCGGCUUGGAAGUCUGCACUGAGGCAGUGGGGGCCGUGGAGACCAUCCACGGGCAGUUCUCCGUGGCCGUGCGCGGUUGCGGGUCGGGGCUGGUGGGCAAGAACGACCGCGGGCUGGACCUGUUCGGGAUCCUGGCCUUCAUUCAGCUGCAGCAGUGCAAGCAGGACCGCUGCAACGCCAGGCUCAACCUCACGUCGCGGGCGCUCGACCCCGCAGGCCUCCCUGCAGCUAACGAGAGCGCGGCGGACCCCAGUGGCACCCAGUGCUACAGUUGCCUGGGGCAGAGCCCCAAGGAGUGUCAGGGCACCGCGCCGCCCCUGGUGACCUGCUACAACACCAGCGACCGGGUCUACAAGGGCUGCUUCGACGGCAAUGUCACCUUGACGGCAGCUAAUGUGACAGUGUCCUUGCCCGUCCGGGGCUGCGUCCAGGAUGAGCAGUGCACGCGAGAUAUGGCCACAGGCCCCGGCUUCACGCUGAGCGGCUCCUGUUGUCACGGCUCCCGCUGCAACUCGGACCUCCGUAACAAAACCUACUUCUCCCCCCGCAUCCCGCCCCUGGUCUUGCUGCCCCCUCCCCAGACCACCUCAGCCGCAUCCUCCACCCGAGGGGUCACCACAUCCAGCCCCGCAGCCUCCACCACCCACCCUGCCCCCACCGUCCAGCCCACCGCAGCCCCCACCACCCAGGCUGCCCCCCAGGAGGUGAACCCUGAGAUCUCCCAGAGAGAGGAAUCCAGCAUGGAAGGAGGGGCAGCCGGCCACCAGGACCGUGGUAACAGGGGGCAGCACCCUUCAAAAGGUGGGGUGCAUGGCAAAGGCUCGGUGGCCCACUCGGCUGGUCUGGUGGUGCUCCUGCUGGCCUCUGUGGCCUGUACCCUGCUGUGAGCUUAAGUCCCAGAAGCCUCCUCCUGGCCCUGCGCCCUUGGUCCCGGGUAGCCUCUCCCCAACACCACACAUGUCCUUCCCCAUCUCUGGACUGGGCUGGCCCAGCCCCUGUUCUUGCCAGUAGCCCCAGCUUCUGCUGCACUGGUCUGCGGCCUUGGGAAAUAAAGUCAUUGUAUAUAUGCUG